AUGGCCAGCGCGCACGAAACGAUUCUCGAAGAGUUCUCCGUGCUCGAAGACCAACUUUUAGCUGCGCAAACUCGUGAAGACGAGGCGGUGCAAUAUGCCGAACAAGUCGCCGCUGAUCUCGCGGUGACUUCGAGGUGGUGCGAGACGCUCGAAGCGGAGCAAGCGAGCGCAAAAGCGCUCGCGGAAAAGGCGGCGAAGGAUGCGGCGCGAGUAGCUGAAACGCGUGCCGUGGAGUUGGAGAAUCGCAUCAAGGAAUUAGAACUAGAGCUUUUGCGUAAUUCUGUGCCGGAAAUGGAGCGUACGCGAGAUGAAGCGGAGAAAGCAGCGCGAGAGGCGCGCGAAAAGUAUCAAGAAGCGCACGAUCAACGCGAGAGCGCUUUGGAGGCGCUGGAGAACGAAACCGCCGCCAAGCGAGAGUUGAUGGAGCAAGUCGCCACCUUACAGCGUCAAUUGGAAGAUGUGGAACGUGUCCGCGCGAACGAUCGGGCGGAAAUCGAUCGUACUCGCGAAGAGCUACGUGCUCGAUACCAAGCGGAGAAAGACUCGCAAGAUCGCUUCGCCAAGGCACAGAGAGAACACGAAUUGGAGCUGAAGACGGCGCGCGAAGCAGUCGCAGAACGCGAGGAUCAGUUGAUUAAAAUGCGUCGUGAUCGCGACGACGUGCUGCACAAGCUACAUCUCAAAGAAGAGGAAGUCGUCGAGGCGCGAGCAAACAUGCGCGCGAGUUUAUUAAACGUCGAGGCGCUGCAGACGGCGACAAAUGAAGCCAAAGAGACGCGGCAAGCUUCAAACAAGGAACUCGAAGACCUCAGGUUAUGCAACUCCGACUUGCUCGUUCAAGUCAAGCACGCAAAGCGAGAGCUCGAAGACACAUCGGUGGCCCUGAACAAACUGACAGAGAAAUUACAAGACCUCGAGGACGGAUCGGAGAGUGCGAUUCGCAAACGCCGAGAAGCUGAGGAUGAGAUUCACGAUCUCAAGCACUCCAUAAUCGAUCUCGAAGCCAAGAACAAGGCACUUGAAAUGGACCGCGAGGUGGCUUAUCAAGCCGCCGACGUGGCGCGCACGGAGAACGCGAAGGUUUCGGCGUCUGUUUUGGAUCUGACUGAGGAAGUCGCGCGACUCAAAUCCGCCCUCGUUGCGGCUCAAGAUUCCACGCGCGCGCUUCUCGAUGAAGAAGCCGCGCGGUUACAACGACUCGCGCCAACGGUUCAAGAUAGCGAUUACGUCAGUCCGGCGUGGUUACAUGAUAAUAGCUGGCAGCAGCCGAGCGUAACGCUUGUAUCGUCGUCCUCGUAG